AUGAGCAAGAGUCAGAAAGUCGCGAUUAGCGGCGGGACGGACGUAUACGAACGCACGGACUUUCACGCACUCCCCGCACAUGAAGUAGCGCGACUGCUGGGCACCGACCUGCGGCGGGGACUGACAGCAGAGGAGGCGCGCGCCCGGCUGGAGGUUGUGGGCGACAACACGCUGGGCGAGGAGGAGGGGAUUAACGUGCGCGCGAUAUUGCUGAAACAGAUGUGCAACGCCAUGAUCCUGGUGCUGAUAAUCUCCAUGGUUAUCGCGCUGGCGAUAAAAGAUUGGAUAUCUGGCGGGGUGAUAGCGUUCGUGGUUGCGCUGAACGUGUCGAUUGGGGCGUACCAGGAGUACAAUGCGUGCAAGACGAUGAACUCGCUGAAGGACCUGUCGACGCCGUCGGCGCGCGUGAUACGGAACGGCGAGGACGUGGUGAUGGCGUCGGCGCAGGUGGUGCCGGGCGACAUAGUCCAGGUGCGCGUGGGGGACACGGUGCCGGCGGACCUGCGGUUGGUGGAGGCGCUGAACCUGGAGACGGACGAGGCACUGCUGACGGGCGAGGCGCUACCGGUAGCGAAGGACCCGGCGGCUGUGUUCGAGCAGGACACGCCGGUGGGCGACCGGCUAAACCUGGCGUUUGCGUCGUCGACGGUGUCGAAGGGGCGCGCGACGGGCAUUGUGGUGCGCACGGGGCUGCGCUCGGAGAUCGGGAAGAUAGCGGAGUCGCUGCAGGGCAAGCAGUCGCUGAUAUCACGUGACGAGAACAAGUCCGGGUUGCAGAACACGGUGCUGACGGUCAAGGCGUCGGUGGGCUCGUUUCUGGGCACGAACGUGGGGACGCCGCUGCACCGAAAGCUGGCGAAGCUGGCGCUGAUCCUGUUUGCGAUCGCGGUGCUGUUUGCGUUGAUUGUGAUGGCAACUCAGAAGUUCAUUGUGAACCGGGAGGUGGCAAUCUACGCCAUUUGCGUGGCGCUGUCCAUGAUCCCGUCCUCGCUGGUGGUGGUGCUGACGAUUACGAUGUCGGCUGGUGCGAAGGUGAUGUCUACUCGGAAUGUGAUUGUGCGGCGACUGGAUUCGCUGGAGGCGCUAGGCGCGGUCAACGAUAUUUGCUCCGACAAAACCGGGACGCUGACUCAGGGCAAGAUGAUUCUGAAGCAGUUGUGGGUGCCAGAGUUUGGGACUGUUGUAGUAAACCGCUCGAACGUUCCGUUUGACCCGACCGUGGGUGACGUCAGCCUCAUUCCGCGCUUCUCUCCCUGGGAGUACCAGCAUGACGAGGAGGAGGACGUUGGAAUCAUCGCAAACUUCAAGCAACGUUGGCAAUCGAACAGUCUUCCUAAAGGCCUCAACCCCCGCAAGUUUGAGUCGUGGCUGCAUACCGCCACGCUGGCGAACAUUGCUACCGUCUUUAAGGAUAGCGACUCGAAGGAAUGGCGUGCUCACGGAGACCCCACGGAAAUCGCAAUUCAGGUCUUUGCUACACGUAUGGAUCAUCCACACCAUGCGCUGACCACUGAGCAAGAUGAAGAAGACUCUGACAGUUCCCAACAGAACGAUGCGGCGCGGAUAUACGAGCAUGCGGCUGAGUUUCCAUUUGAUUCGUCCAUUAAACGAAUGUCUGCGGUCUAUAUCAACUUAAGGGACAAAAACACGCGCCAUGUAUUCACCAAGGGCGCAUUUGAAAGAGUUCUCAAAUGCUGCACGAGAUGGAAGCUAGAUCCAGGGACUGGGGUUACACAUCCACUCACUGAGGAUGAUCUAGAGAUAAUUCAGAAGAAUGUCGAUACAUUGUCGAAUGAAGGAUUGCGUGUGCUUGCUUUUGCCACAAAGACGAUCCCAGCAGAGGAAGCCGAGUCUCUUGGUGAACGUCUCACGAAGGAUCGUGACUUUGUUGAAAGUGAUUUGAUAUUCCAGGGCCUGGUCGGUAUUUAUGACCCUCCACGCGUAGAAACAGCAGGCGCUGUUAAAAAAUGCCACAGAGCUGGUAUUAAUGUACACAUGCUAACAGGUGACUUCCCCGGCACUGCGAAGGCUAUUGCACAGGAAGUCGGGAUUUUGCCUCACAAUCUCUACCACUAUCCGAAAGAAGUGGUGGAUAUAAUGGUUAUGACAGCCACACAAUUUGACAGUUUGACAGACGAAGAGCUUGAUCAAUUACCGGUAUUACCGCUUGUGAUUGCGCGCUGUGCUCCUCAGACCAAGGUGCGCAUGAUCGAUGCUUUGCAUCGGCGGGAAAAGUUCUGUGCCAUGACUGGAGAUGGAGUUAACGAUUCGCCUUCCUUGAAAAAGGCCAAUGUAGGAAUCGCGAUGGGUAUCAAUGGUUCCGACGUUGCAAAAGACGCCUCAGACAUUGUGUUGAGCGAUGACAACUUUGCCUCCAUCCUCAAUGCGGUAGAGGAGGGGCGGAGAAUGAGCGAUAACAUCCAGAAGUUUGUGUUGCAAUUAUUGGCUGCCAAUGUGGCCCAGGCUAUCUACCUGAUGCUUGGAUUGACCUUCUUGGAUGAAGACAAGCUAUCCGUGUUCCCCCUUUCGCCCGUUGAAGUGUUGUGGAUUAUUGUUGUGACAUCCUGUUUACCUGCAAUGGGAUUGGGGUUGGAAAAGGCAGCUCCAGAUAUUAUGGAGAAGCCUCCUAAUGAUUCCAAGGCGGGCAUCUUUACUUGGGAAGUAAUCGUGGACAUGAUAGUGUAUGGCCUUGUGAUGGCUGUCUGCUGUCUGGGCUGCUUUGUCUCCAUCAUUUACAAAGACGGCCACGGCAACUUGGGCACCAACUGUAACGUUGAAUACAGCGAUAGCUGCAAGUCUGUUUUCUCAGGCCGUGCCGCAACGUUUGCCACGAUGACGUGGUGUGCAUUGAUCUUAGCGUGGGAGGUUAUCGACAUGCGGAGGUCCUUCUUCGCGAUGAAGCCAGAAACCGAUACCCCCUACACACAGGUGUUCAAGGACAUCUGGUCCAACCAAUUCCUGUUUUGGUCCGUCAUAUUCGGCUUUACAUCUGUUUUCCCCGUGGUAUACAUUCCAGUCAUAAACACAAAGGUGUUCCUUCACAUCGGCAUCGGAUAUGAAUGGGGCAUUGCUUUUGCAUUCAGUCUUGUAUUUUGGUUGGUUGCAGAAUUCUGGAAGUUUGCCAAGAGACGUUACUACAGGAACAAAGAUCGCGCCAUCAACCCAGAGAGCGAUCUCGAAAACCGCAGACUGCAUGAUCCAUUCGAAAAAUACAGCUCUACCUUAUCCAGAGCCACUACCAACAUCGGAACAUUCCGUGUCACGGCCAACUCCGAGAAGGAUAUAACAUAA